CUUGUACAGCAUUCGUUAACAAAAAUAUGGGGUCCCCAUCUCCAGAUCUUAUAAAUGCUGUAUCGCAAGACCCAAUCCAAGCGUCGGAGGGCAAUCAGUAUAACAGCAUGCCAAGCAUUGACAUCGACGCGCUUGUACAUGGUGUCGAGAACCUGGACAUGGAGCUUCGCGACUCUGUAGCACAGAUCAUCAAUGAUGCCAGGGUAGAAACGAAUCCUGAGUCGCCUGUUGCCCAAGCACAGACAUGUAUUCUACCGGGACUGAAAGCAUCGUCUGGAGAUGUACUGUGUUCCGACAUUGAUACGUACAUCAGGGUCAUCGGCGCCGUCAUCCUUGAUGAGAUGAUGAUUCCGGACAUAGACGUAGCUACAUCCAGCGGGCACCGAUCGCCAACACAAGACGAACUGGUCAAUCUGAUUUGUAUGGAUGUCCUCAGGACUCACAGCGAGCAUCAUGACCUUCACAACAGUGGUACACCGAUGUCAGACGAAGGCGACGUGGUGAUGACCAAUGGUUCGGCGAAAACACACUGCGCUCAUCGCUGUGAAGUAUCCGACACAAAGCACCAGUCAGUUCAUCGUUCGAGACCCCAUAAGACACCAGGCUCUGACAUCUUUGCAAGUUGUGUAUCACACCUUGACCUUGAUGAGUCGACGUCCCCGCCCUCGACAGCUAGCACUGUUCGUCGCACCAGUUACCUCGCGAGUAGUCCGCGACCAUCCAGCUGCCCAGAGCUUGAGAUCCACCAAGAUCAAUGGCAGCCUGGAUCUACUGCUUCAUUCGAAGAGCCACAGCGACUUCGCCGCGCGCAAAGCUUGGACUUGUUUACAGAGACACCAAGAGAGCAUUUGCGCAUUGGGAGAACGCAGGCUUUCCGAAGCGGAGUGCGGAAGCACUUGAGUAGAUUGAGGACCGCCAGUAGUGGGAUCGCUAAGACAAUGACGAGGGCAGGGGAGGGCUCUAGGGGAUCGUGAGAUUGCAAUCUUGCAGUGUGCGAUAUGCUUGUUAAAACCGGUUGGUCUCUGUUUGUAGAGCAAUUUCAUUGUAUUUGCUGCGCCUCGCUGUUUCGCACCCAACCUCCCGUGCCCUCACUAGAAUGUCCCAAUUGGGAAGACUAUGCAGACCGGCAGACGAGGUAGCAUUACAACUGUGUAGUGAAGGACCAAGAAAACCAUCUGCAAAGUAUCAGAACUGUAUGUAAGGCUGUUGCCCUUGUCUUGACAUGACCCUCAC